GGCCAGACGGUAACGUUCCAUCUUCCGUUGCAACCCAGGAACAUAAUGGAGCCUUCUCACGAACUAGAUGAGCUCGAAUCUCUGCCUGACCAUACUCCUGCCCCAGCGGUCGACACGUCAAUCUCGAGGCGCACAUAUCUUCGCCUGAUCAGUGCCGGUUUUGCGUUUUUUGUGGCCGGAGUCAAUGAUGGGAGCUUGGGAGCGUUGAUGCCGUAUAUCUUAAAUACGUAUCACAUUGGCACAAAUGUGGUCACUGCUGUAUACGGCACCACAUUUGUGGGAUGGUUAGUGGCGGCACUGACCAACACGCUCCUGUCUCAAUACCUCGACUUAGGCGCCAUGCUUAUUCUUGGAGUCUGCUUCCAAAUUUUAGCUCAUGCGCUUCGUUCCUGGCAACCCCCGUUUCCUUUGUUCGUGGUGACUUUCUUCUUUGCCAGCCUCGGCCAAGCUUACCAAGACACCCACGCAAAUACUUUUGUUGCCUCGGUACAUGGAGCGCAUCGAUGGUUAGGCUUCAUUCAUGCGAUGUACAUGGCGGGCUGUCUAGUUGCGCCAUUCAUGGCGACGGCGGUGGCAUCGGCCAGCUCCUCGACCCGAUGGGCAUUAUUUUACACCGCUCCAUUGAGCCUAGGGUGUGUGAAUCUCAUGCUGGCCUCCAUAGCAUUCUAUGAGCUUGUCCGUGCAAGGAAGGGCAGACAAAACGCAGUGCCUGCGACGUCUAAUACGUCUCGAAGCCAGACUGCCCUGUCCGAAAUCAGACGGAUCUUACUCAAUCCAGCGGUGUGGUUGCUAAGUCUCUUCUUUUUUUUCUUUUUGGGGGCAGGUAUUACUGCCGGCGGCUGGGUUGUCGAGUACCUGGUUCGCGUUCGCAAAGGCGAUGUCGUCGAUAUGGGCUAUGUCCCUGCUGGAUUCUAUGGUGGUGGAUUCCUGGGGAGACUUUUAUUGGCGGAACCGACGUAUCGUUUUGGUGAGCGACGUAUGAUCUUUAUCUAUGUCGUGCUUUUCCUGUCAGAGCUCUGUGGAUAUUUGGCUCAGCUGAUGAAUAGCGUACCCAACAUUAUCACCGAAGCCGUUGCAAUCAGCCUUCUUGGACUUUUCUCGGGUCCCUUCUUUGCAACAGGAAUCUCCGUGGGAUCUAAGAUUUUCCCCCCUGAUAUUCGGUCUUCAGCUCUCGGUGUGAAAGCCCAAUAUUAUUCAACCGCUUAA